AUGGUGUCAGCUGCCAUUGCUUUGGCCUUCCUUCCCCUUCUGCUGACAUUAAUUAUCAGGUACCGCUACUACUUUGUCCUGUUGUACCGGGCUGUACUGGUCAGGAUAUGGAAGGACUGUGUCACUGGUCUGACCCGAGAGGAGCGGGCCUACCAGUACGUCCUCACUCAUGCCACACCUGGAGACCCAGACAGCAUCCUGGAAGCAUUCGAUGUCUGGUGCAGUAAGGUGGAGUUCAUCAGCAACAUUGGGCCUAAAAAGGGAAAAAUCCUGGACCGGCUACUGAUGGAGCAGAGCCCUCUGACGGUGUUGGAGCUGGGUGCUCAUUGUGGAUACAGCACUGUACGGAUUGCCAGGGCUCUCCCUUUGGGUGCCAGGCUCUACAGCAUUGAGAUGGACCAGAGAAAUGCUGCCAUCGCUGAGAAGAUCAUUCGAUUGGCAGGGUUUGAUGAUGACACGGUGGAACUCAUUGUGAAGCCAUCGGAUGAGGUGAUCCCUCAGCUGCGGUCUGAAUACAACUUGGAGAGGCUGGAUCUUGUCUUCAUGGAUCACUGGAAGAAAUGCUACCUCCCUGACCUGCAGAUGCUGGAGGGCUCUGGUCUGCUGGGAAAAGGAUCAGUGAUUCUGGCUGACAACGUGCUGUUUCCUGGGGCUCCAAAGUUCCUCAGACACCUUCGCAAGAGCGGCCUGUAUGAGUGGAAGAUCCACCGGGCCACGCUAGAGUACAGCAAGGGCAUCAGGGAUGGGAUGGCAGAGCUGGUGUACCUGGGAAUCAAGUAAAUC